AUGGGAAGGCACGUGGUAAAACACACCGGUGAGAAACCCUACAUGUGUGGGGAAUGUGGAUACAGAACAACUAAAAAGUCUGACUUAUUCCGACACAUGAGAACCCAUACAGGAGAAAAACCCUACAUGUGUGACCAAUGUGACUAUUCUGCAAUAGACAAAUCCACUUUGGCCCAACAUCUAGCAAAACACACUGGUGAGAAACCCUACAUGUGUGGGGAGUGUGGGUACAGGACCGUUAGAAAGUCUCACCUAUCCGAUCACAUGAGAACCCAUACAGGAGAAAAACCCUACAAGUGUGACCAAUGUGACUAUUCUGCAGCACGGAAAUCCACUUUGGACAAUCAUGUUAUGAAACACACCAGUGAGAAACCCUACAUGUGUGGGGAAUGUGGAUACAGGACAACUAGAAAGUCUGACAUAUCCCGACAUAUGAGAACCCAUACAGGAGAAAAACCCUACAAGUGUGACCAGUGUGACUAUUCUGCUGCACAGAAAUCAAGUUUGAACAAACAUCUCGCAAUGCAUGCUGGUGAGAAACCCUACAUGUGUGGGGAGUGUGGGUACAGGACAGCUUACAAGUCUCACCUAUCCGAACACAUGAGAACCCAUACAGGAGAAAAACCCUACAAGUGUGACCAGUGUGACUAUUCUACAGCAUGGAAAUCCACUUUGGACAAUCAUAUUAUGAAACACACUGGAGAAAAACCCUACAAGUGUGACCAGUGUGGAUACAGAACAGCUCGCAAGUCUGACGUAUCUAAACACAUGAGAACCCAUACUGGAGAAAAACCCUACAUUUGUGGGGUGUGUGAAUACAGGGCAACUCGCAAGUCUGACUUAUCUGAACAUAUGAGAACCCAUACAGGAGAAAAGCCCUACAAGUGUGACCAGUGUGACUAUUCUGCAAUAGAAAAAUACACUUUUGCCCAACAUGUAGCAAAACACACUGGAGAAAAACCCUACAAGUGUGACCAGUGUGACUAUUCUGCUGCACGGAAAUAUGAUUUGGACAUCCAUCUUGCUAAACACACUGGUGAGAAACCCUACAUGUGUGAGGAGUGUGGGUACAGGACAGCUGACAAGUCUCACUUAUCCCGACAUAUGAAAACUCAUACACAUCACUACUAACUAGGACAGCUCAGAAGUCCUACAAGCGAAAUUUCACACUCUUUGGACCUAUGUAUAGUGAAACUCUUAAACAAUGUACAAAUAUAAAUAAUUGUUAUCACGUUUUUUUGUAUUGUAUGAUGUAUUGCUUACUGAGGUCGUACCAGAUAUGCUUGUUAUCAUGUAUAUACAGGAUAGACUUAACUUUCAUUUAUAUUUAUAGAUAAAAAACCCGAAUGUUUUACUUGUUAU